UGCCGAUGGGUGUUUUGAGGGCUCUGUCACCAAGGCUGUUGUCAAGUAUGAUGGCACCAUCAUCUGGACACAGCCCGCUAACUACAAGUCAGCCUGCAUCAUCGAUGUCACCUUCUUCCCCUUUGACCUGCAGAACUGCUCCAUGAAGUUUGGCUCCUGGGUUGACAUCCUCCUGGAGGACUUCCAUGUAGAUAAGAGGGACUACUUUGACAAUGGUGAAUGGGAGAUAGUGAAAGCAACAGGCAGCCGUGGUCUGAGGAUGGACGGUCCCUGCCACUUCCCCUUCAUCACCUACUCCUUUAUCAUCCGUAGACUGCCGCUCUUCUACACCCUCUUCCUCAUUAUCCCCUGUAUCGGCCUUUCCUUCCUCACCAUCCUGGUCUUCUACCUGCCCUCCAACGGCGGGGAGAAGAUCUCCCUGUGCACCUCUGUGCUGGUGUCCCUCACCGUCUUCCUCCUCGUGAUCGAGGAGAUUAUUCCGUCCUCCUCCAAGGUCAUCCCUCUUAUCGGGGAGUACCUGGUGUUCACCAUGAUCUUUGUCACGCUCUCAAUUGUCAUCACCGUCUUCUCUAUCAACAUCCACCACCGCUCCUCAUCCACGCACCAAGGCAUGGCGCCAUGGGUGCGCCGUAUCUUCCUGCACAGGCUGCCUAAGCUGCUGUGUAUGCGCAGCCACGUGGACCGCUAUGCUACCCCAGGAGGGGCCAGGGAAGGACUGACAGGGAGAGAGGGGCAGGACUGGCAAGAAGAGAGGGGGAAUAACCUGCAGGCUGCUUUGGACUCUAUCCGCUACAUCACCAUGCAUGUGGUCAAGGAGAACGAGGUCAGAGAGGUGGUGCAGGACUGGAAGUUUGUGGCUCAAGUUCUGGAUCGUGUGUUCCUGUGGACCUUUCUCCUGGUCUCAGUACUGGGCUCUGCUCUGCUCUUCAUCCCUGUCAUCUACAAAUGGGCAAACAUCAUCGUCCCCAACCAUGCAGGCGGCAGCGGAUAAGACUAAACUGAGACUAAGUGCACUGAGCACAAUAA